AUGCCCACAACCACGCGAACAUGCAUGAACCAAGACGCUGUUCAGCUGCCAGCCGAGCAGAAUGCAAUGGAGCAACGGCCUGCAGAGCCAAUAAAGAUAACGGCCAGUUGUGGAGGUGACAGCAGGUGAGGAUGGAAGAUAACGAAAGCUGCUUCAAUGGCUCUUUGGAUUCCGCUUCCCUGUCUGAAGCAGACAUCGCAGAGGCCUUUCAUCAGUAUGGGGGCGUGAUCACGCGACAAAGCUUGCAAGAUGGACGUCAUGUCAAGUCCCACCGAGUUGAGACUGGAGAGCAGGCCUCAGACUCUAGCCCAAGGAGGCGGCGGUUCUAUACAAUGGUGACCGGCAGCGAUGGCCAAGAGAAGGCUUUGGACUCUUUGUGGGUUGACAAGCUGCAGGAACUCUUAGAUGAAGCCGCGCGGGCAUAUGGCACGAAGAACAAUGAGUGGCAAGAUGAUGCCAGGAUACAGGAGCAGCACGAACUCAAAAUGGAGAUCAGGAACAAGUUUACAAACUUCUUUCAGAAUGGUAGUGAGAGCAUUGAUUCCGUGAUGGCACAGCUCAACCAAGUGUGGAAAGGGAUGAGCUCCCCAGAAAAGAGCGCAGGAGUUGAUGUCCCGCAGGAUUUAGGCGACUUGCAAGAAUCAUUGGCCUCAGUGGGGCAAUUGCUGCAGGAGGCACGAGAGAAGGGGUGUGCUCAAGCAGACAAAGUGACGCGCCAGUGGUUUGCAUUCAUUUCGCAGGAGGUAUUCAAUGUCGAGAAAUUUGGGAAUGUGGAGGUCAAGGACUUGGACCAUUUAAAGCAUCGUUUGAACCUGCUGCACAUGUAUCAUGAUCUAGAUGAGCGCUGGCAUCGAAUGGAUGCACUCAAUGCCGGAUUGGAAGAAGCAGUGCAGAGCAAAGCGGCCCUGCAAAGUUCCGUGGAUUCAGCAGAGCUGUUGCUGGUGAAACAGGUGGAAGCUGAAGUUCACAAAACCUUCCAAAAGGAGACCAAGAGCAUGGUAAUGCAAGCGGCCAAAGCACGAGCUGAGACAGUGGUACAGCUGGAGACUUGCACCCGGCACCGUGGAUUGUUGCGGGCCGAGCUGACCAGAAUUCUGAUGGAGCUAGCAGAUAAAUUGAAACACUGGCACGUAAAGCUUUGCAAGAAGUAUCAAGACUCCACCCACACCCUGAGGACCAGUAAAAGACGGACAGAUGAACAAACCAGAGCUGUGGAAAAGAAGUUGAAGGAUUUGAAGGAAAGGCUUGAACACACUCAGAAUUCGGUCGCCAUGCUUUUGAAACCCUACAACGCAGCUUUGGACCUUGGCCAUGGCGCAUUUGGCAAGCUUCCUUCUGGAGAUGAUUUGGUCUCUUGGAUGUUUGCUCUUGUGGCUGAUUGUGAGGAGCCGAUGAUUUCGCCCACCAUCUCUGAAGCGGUUGGUCGUCUAAUUUCGAGGAGCCCGCUUGAGAAGAUGCAAGAGAUGCUCCAUGCUGGCCACCAGAAACAAAGAUUGGACCAGCUGGACUUCCCAAUCAUACAGCAACAGUUACAGUGUAAAUCUGCCACAGCAGCGACUGAAUUGACGCCUUUCCUGCGAGGCGCUUGGAGGCAGCCAUCCUUCCUGCUUAGUGGACCAGACAUGCCCAGGCUGGUGGAUAUGCUCAAGGAGUUCCGAGAAGCGUUGGUGGACCGCACAAGCCAUGUUUCUGUAAAGCUAUUGUUGAAAUCCGAGCCUUUCUUGAAGAGCCUUAGCGAUUUCAAGAGCGAGCUUCGCGAGGAUUCUGUAGCUGCAGAGGUUGCCUUGGUGCUGGCUUUGGUGCGAUUUAGUGCUAUUGUUCGUAUUCAACGUGGCUGCAAGCUGAUGGCUGCCAUUCUGAACCUACGUAGUCUACAACUUCGAAAACAUGCCUUGAAUCAAGUUUUGGACGAGCCGCUCAAAGCAACUUCAAAUGGCUUGGAGCAGCAGGCCAGGGCUGUUGAGGCGAGCUUCAGGACCAUCAGAGGGGGUUUGGGUGUGUUGCGAGGUCAAGCCCAGUCCAUGGCGAAGGAUGCAGAAUUGCUUUUGAAGCAGUAUAGCCUAGAGAUUGAAGAUAUCGUUCACACUGUGCAGAGAUUGAUGCCAAAGACUCAUGCACAGGGCCAAAGAAAGGAUGUGAGUUCCAAAGACCAAAGCUCCCCAGCACAACAGGAUUCCGUGAUGCAUCUCCCAUCGUUGCUAGCUCACAGCCGCACCAGCGACGAUGUGGAAGGAGCAGAUGCAGUGAUUAGUGCUUUGAAGUACCAGCAACUUCUUUUGAAGCUGCACCUGACAACUCGGAAAUGGCUUCGCUUGGCCACAACCCCCAACAGGCCAGAAGGUGAGCUUUUGGAGACAGAAACUGCUGUCAACGCGCUGCAUAGGUAUUUGACCAGACGUAUGCCAUCGCAUUUAGCAUCGAGCAAGUCUGACGAGGUUGAUGCACCAGAGCAGGAAGGAGCCGAAGAUGUCGAGGCUGAUGGCACUGAAGGCGCAAGGAGCCCCAUGGGCCACACUCGAGCACGAGCAUCUUCAGUUCCUGGCUUGAAUAUCUCGUCAGAAGGCACGUUGACGUCGCAAACGCCAUUAUUGAUUGCACAUGCCAAGACCGAGUGGAGUUUGCCAAGCCGAUGCCAGCUUGUCCGCAGCAAUUCAGACAUUCUGCAUAACAGGCCCCUGCAGCAAAAGUUUGUCGAAGAGCUAUCCUGGCGCUUUGAUGAAUACAUGACUAUGCGUUCUAAAUCCAUGAAAUCAUGGCAGUGGUCAUCCAGGAGCUUGGGUGAACACAGUGAAAACCUCGGAGAUGAUUACGAGGAAAGCCUCGAGGAGGAAGAAGAAGAGUCACUUCAAGAAGACCCCGUAGAGGUCAAGGAAAAGCGUUCAAAGGCAACGUUCUUGAAUUGGUCUAGAUCUGGAAAUGCACGAAAAGAUGUGCGGGCCCAAAAAGUGAUACGAGGUCGGGUCUUGGCCAAGGACGCUCAUCGACAAAGGAGACAUUCAGCUACACCAAACUCUGACGCUCCCAGAUUCUACACAGAUUUGAUGGGACGUCAAGUGAUCAUAUCGGCAGAGGCUCAGAAUCAGAGUGGCAGGAGUGACAGUCUGAGUGAGACAAGCGAGCCUGAUCCACUUCGAAAGGCUCCAGAAAUGUUUGAGGAGGUCAAAUUCACCAAACGUUUUGGUGAAGCAAGCAAGGCUCCAUUGGCAUUGAUGAUUGGCCAGAGUGGUCGCUCGCCUGUAAGUGUCUCAAAGACGCCAAAGGCGAGGGCAGCUCCAGAUUCAAGGCCAUCUUUGCCAUCAAGUGCUCAUCAAGAGCUUCUGCCAGAAGCAUUUCAGCUACAAGGCAUCGGUGUAGUGUCUAGCCCACGGCCUGAGAGAGGUAGUAGUCUUCGGCGACAAUGCAACCAGAGAGCUUUGAAAGGCGCAGGGAGUGCAGGUGAUCGUGAUGAUCGAGAUCCAGACAGCGAAGGGAGUCGGAGUCAAAGUCGAAGCGGCUCUCAAGAGUCGGAUCCAAGUUUUCUUAUGGUGGAUGAUGAUGAGGUGCCCCUGCCUGGAGCUGGGACGCCCGAACCGUCCUUCGAGGAGAACCAUCGAAGUAUUAGACUUCUGGGGGAAGAAAUGCCAGAUGGGUUGCGGCAGCUUCCACCCUCUCCAAACACGCAGGCAGGACGGAGUCCUUCUCCCGUUCCUGACAGCGAAGAAGUCAGCCCAAGGUCCGUGCAGACAAACAGGAGUUCGCUAUGGCAAUUGGAUGACUUGGAAUUGGGCAGGCAAUCGUUGGGCCGACUUCUUGCAGAAAAGACUCCACAAAAGGGAAGAGCAUUCCCCUCAGCAAGCGCGAACUAUACAUGUGAUGGUCCACCAGGAACAGCGAGGCGCUUGCGACUCCACGAGAGGCCAGCUUCUUCCAGAACAAGGGUGCUCAUGGCACAGCCUCAGAUUGAUGAGCCGUGCAUUGAGCAACCACCUGAAUGGGGAUGUCCACUUCCACAUGAGCCUGGGAGCUCAUGGAAGCGAUUGGGUGCUAUCCCACAAGCAACUUCUGACAUUCUCCAGAGAAACAGCCCUGAAGCCGCCACUAGGGUCACUAGGGUUUGCAAGACCAGUUCCGACUCCACACCUGUUGCGAGAGAUGUUGAGACUGGCAAGUUGAGUUCUGAAGUGAAUGCACAGGACCAGAGCUCAAACGCACAAGUUGUCCCACUGAGUUCAGUGUUGUUCGAAGGGCCUACAGUUCCACGUGCCACGAUUCGAGGAAGACGGUGCUCAGGCCCAGCUCGCAUGUGGUCGAGUAGCGGCAGCAAGGGGGACCUCCAGCCUUCCCGAGCAAUGAUGAGCCCUCAAACCAGUCAAGAAGACUCAGAUGUUGAAACUUCGGGGAGGGGCGAGCUCGAUCAGCUCGAUGAAAUGCUGCAGGAGCCAGACAUCUCGGUGGAAAGAGAAGUCUUUGAAGAGGAGGUAGAUGAAAGAGAAGACCGAGUUGGAGCAGUGGGGAGGGUUGUUCACGAAGGUCCAGAACGUAGGGGGUUACCUAUGACUCGGCGUGGAGUUGCGCAUUUGUUAACUCAGCAUGAGGUGGUGGCACCUGACAACCUGGAAUUGGUGGGUGAGUCUGCCGGGACAACCAGGACAUUCUUUACAACGAAAAGACGGACUGCAGUGGAAGUAACAGUUCCGAACCUUCAAAAGGCACUGCCCUUGCUAAAGCCAAAGGGGCCACCUCAGAAGGAGCAUUCCUUCACGGUCCAGCGCGAAGAGGAACCCAAGGAACACGGAGAUCAUGUGCCUCAGCCUUUAAAUGUUCUGCUCCAAAAUCUGCUGGAUGUACCUAAGCACAGGCCGGUCAGUGCAGUCACGUUGGACAACGAGACCAUGGAACGCCUCAAUCUGGAAGAGUUCAUGAUUGAGCCAAGUCGAACUCCUACGGAUGCUGAACUCCCUGCCAUGGAAGCCGAGCUUGGUGUGUCCGAUGCUCAAGGAUCUGCGGAGAAACCACGGCGAGACAGCCAUCUUGGCCAAGAGUUGAUCGCGGCGUUGCAGACCAAUGAGACCAAUUGGCCUGUGGAAGCCGAGCUGGCCGAACAACAAGCUGAGGAGGCCGAGCCGAAGCAAAAGUCAGAGGAGACGCAGAUCACAGGACGGCCACCAACUGCACCAAGCCGAGCACGCCCUCCAGCUUGGGAGGGCAAAGCCAGUUGGAUGCCUUGCAGACUUUCCAGUUUGGUUGGCACAGCAGGGACAAGUGCUACUCAGAGCAAUGCUGCAGAGGCGCUUCAUCCAUCUUGGCAGCUUCGACCAAGUUCUGCUAAAGGCCAACUCCCCUUGAGACGUAGACUUGCUCAACACCCGCAAGACGCGGGAAUGUAGAUUGCAGUGCCAA